AUGCUCACCAACCUCGUCAGCACCAUCACCGCCGGUCUCCUGGUCGCCACCGGCGCCCAGGCUGCCCAGUACGCCACCAUCCAGAUGUGGUCCAACAAGGACUGUACGGGAACCUUCCACGAGGAGACCCUGGUCUUCGAUACCGGAAAGGGACAGAAGGUCUUCGAGUACCCUUACACCUGGGGGAGCGGCAAAGUCGUCAGUGGUGUCUCUGCCUGCGGCGUCUCCUUCUGCCAGUAUGGCUCGAGCUGCUUCGGCACCGAGGUUGCUUAUGUGAAUUGGAGCCCGAACUGCUACUCAGGCGGUAGCUGGAUGGCGUUUGACAAGAUUAUGGUCAAUACUUGUUAG